GGUUGUUGGAGGGUGAACGUAAUGCACUGGCGUAACCCGGUGGUUGCCUAGUAACGCGCUGGCAGUGGGCGCCGUAGAGAGAUCUCUAUGGUGGGCGCCCCGUUAAAAUCGUUGGCGCUCCUGACCUUGGCGUCGUGUAUGCGCAAACCACACGGACCGUGCGAAGCAGGAGAUAAGAGUGAAGAUCCGUGCGUUUGAUACCGAAACUGGGGAAAUACGGUCACACUCAGCGUCCCCAUUGUCUCACAGCGAAAGCGACGGGCAUGGUAUGGAGGAAAUCUCGAGAUGGAGCGCGUAGCAGCCUCAGUAAAAGCAGAUUUGUGUUUACUGCAAUGAAAAGCGGAAGUGGGGGCGGUCCAUACCUGGCUGUCGUGUAUUUGGAUUCGAUAAGCGCCGCAGCUGAAGGAACAGUGAGUGAUGUCUGCUUGAGAGGGUCAUUGCAGAGGGACUGAGCGGAGACUACAUUGUGCAUUUGUGCUGUGCGAAGGCAUCAUGUGGCUCGCUACAUUUAGAGACCAUCUGUUGCCUGCACACCUGCUACAUCAUCAAGGGACUGUAACCGUCACCCACUGCGCUCUUCUUUGGUGGAUUUUAUGCUCCUGCUGGUCAUUCACCAAAUCAACAGGCCAGAAAUUCUAUCCGACCGUGACGACCCAAUUUGGGAAGCUGCGAGGCCUCAGGGUUCCUGUUCCCAGCGAGGUGCUCCGGCCCGUUGACCAGUACCUGGGGGUCCCCUACGCUGCCCCGCCCGUGGGGGAGAAACGCUUCAUGCCCCCCGACCAGCCCUCCUCUUGGUCGGGUAUCAAGAAUGCUACCCACUUCAUGCCUGUGUGCCCCCAGAACAUCCACAACACCGUACCAGAGAUCAUGAUGCCCAUAUGGUUCACCUAUAACCUGGACACAGUAGCCACGUACAUUCAGGAUCAGAGCGAGGACUGUUUGUAUCUAAACAUCUACGCUCCUACAGAUGAUGGGAGCCAACACAAGAAAAAAGGGGCGGCUUUCUCACAUGCUGAGACUCAUAUAUCUGAAGAUAUAAGGGACUCUGAAGCUCGACCUGUGAUGGUUUACAUCCAUGGAGGUUCUUAUAUGGAAGGAACCGGAAACAUGAUGGACGGCAGCGUGCUGGCCAGCUAUGGGAACGUUGUUGUCGUCACGCUCAACUACAGGAUCGGAAUAUUAGGCUUCCUCAGUACUGGCGAUCAGGCAGCAAAAGGAAACUAUGGGCUCCUGGACCAGAUUCAAGCUCUCCGUUGGAUCAGUAAGAACAUUGGUUACUUUGGAGGAGACCCGGGUCGCAUCACAGUUUUUGGAUCUGGAAUCGGUGCUUCCUGUGUCAGCCUGCUAACUCUCUCCCACCACUCAGAAGGUUUGUUCCACAGGGCCAUCAUCCAAAGCGGCUCAGCCCUGUCCAGCUGGGCUGUCAACUACCAACCAGUCAAGUACACUCGCAUGCUGGCCGAGAGGGUCGGCUGCAACGUGCUGGACACUGUUGACAUGGUCUCCUGCCUGCAGAAGAAGAGUGCGAGAGAGCUAGUGGAGCAAGACAUCCAGCCUGCCCGAUACCGCGUGGCUUUCGGCCCUGUCAUUGACGGAGAUGUCAUCCCGGAUGACCCGGAAAUCCUGAUGGAGCAGGGCGAGUUCCUUAACUAUGACAUAAUGCUGGGUGUCAAUCAGGGAGAAGGGCUGCGCUUUGUGGAGAACGUGAUGGAUCUGGAAGACGGCGUGUCUGGCAACGACUUUGACUUUGCAGUGUCAGACUUUGUGGACAGUCUGUACGGCUACCCGGAAGGGAAGGACACACUGAGGGAGACAAUUAAAUUUAUGUACACAGACUGGGCCGACAAGGACAACCCGGAAACCAGGAGGAAGACCUUGGUGGCCCUCUUCACCGACCACCAGUGGGUGGAGCCCUCAGUGGUGACGGCUGACCUGCACGCCCGCUACGGCUCGCCUACGUACUUCUACGCCUUCUACCACCACUGCCAGAGCCUCAUGAAGCCGGUGUGGUCAGACUCCGCCCAUGGAGACGAGGUGCCUUAUGUGUUUGGCAUCCCCAUGGUGGGCCCGACUGACCUGUUCCCCUGUAACUUCUCCAGGAACGACAUCAUGCUCAGCGCCGUGGUGAUGACUUAUUGGACCAACUUUGCCAAGAGCGGGGAUCCUAACAAACCAGUGCCACAGGACACCAAGUUCAUCCACACCAAGGCCAAUCGCUUCGAGGAGGUGGCCUGGUCUAAGUACGAUCCCUUCGACCAGUUGUACUUGCACAUUGGCCUGAAGCCUCGAAUCCGUGACCACUACCGCGCCACAAAGGUGGCCUUCUGGAAACACCUCGUGCCCCAUCUCUACAACCUCCAUGACAUGUUCCACUACUCCUCCACCACCACCAAGGUCACCCCACUGGAUCCCACCCAGUCCAACGGUAAGAAGUCGGGCGGCACCGGUCGUACUCCUGUAUCAACAGACCACAACGACGGCGAAGGGGGGAGGGAGAUGGGCCCUCUGAUCAUGCCGAACCCGAGAGAUUACUCCACAGAGCUCAGCGUCACCAUUGCCGUGGGAGCGUCACUGCUCUUCCUCAACGUCCUGGCCUUCGCUGCCCUGUAUUACCGCAAGGACAAGCGCAGCCGACAGGACACGUCCCAGCAGCCCAGUCCCCAGCUUGACAGCAAGGGCAACAACGUGAGCCACACCACCAGUAUAGACGAGACCCUGUCCCAGCAACGGAGCCAGUGCGAAGCCCUUCACAAUCCUCUUCACGUCUCGCCCAGCAUGGACUACUCACUGAGCCAGCGCCGCUCCCCUGACGACAUCCCUCUGAUGAGCCCCAACAACAUCACCAUGAUCCCCAACUCCCUCAUGGGCCUCUCCAACAUGAGCCCAUACAGCACCUUCCCAGCUGGUUACAGCUCUGCAGGCCUGCCCAGCACCCACUCUACCACUCGGGUAUAGCCUGGGAGGGUUCGAGGGAAGGGAAGAUGGGGGCGGGG